GAAAAAAAUCGGAAAAUAUUAAAAAAGAAGUUGAUUGGAAAUAUGUUGAGGGAUUGUUCGAACACGUUUAUCAUAUUAUUGAAGAUACAAAGAAUCCAAAAUUGGGAUACAAUAACGAAAAGGAACGUAAGGCAUGGAUUAAGAAUAAAUUACAUCUCUCAAUAAAUAAUGAUUUUAAAAGUUCAACGAAAGUUCGGCACAAACAG